AUGGCAGUGCGCGUGCGCCUACUGGGCGAUCGUGACUCCGAGACCACCAGCGUCGUCCUCGGGAUUAUCGCGCCCCCGCCCGUGGUAAGGUCGACUACCGCAACGUCGAGGAACCCUACCACGGAGGAAUCUACAAUGGUGCCAACUUUCGCCAUGCUGGGCUGCGAGGAAUGCCCCGCAGUGGUCUACCUUAUGCCCAGCAAGUUGGACCAGCGCGUGGACAAGCUGCUAUCAGAGGGCCAGACAUGCGACGUAGCAGCCACCUAUCUAGAAGUCUACAACAAGGUGAAAGAGGCCGGCACCCUCCUCGAUCCGCUCUUGAAAGGGAACAAGAACCGGACGCAGCAUGCUCCCGACGCUAAUGCUGAGUCUUCAUGGUCGCACGCCAUCUUCCAGAGCUACGCCACAGUGACGGAGAAUGCGACAAGCACGCGCAAGCAAACUCGCGUCUCGAUGUGCUCUGUUGACCUUGCCGGCGCGGAGCGCGCAGCUGCGGCCAGUAGGGACCCAGAGGAUCAGAUUCGCGAGGGUACUAAGCUCAACCUGUCGCUCCUGGCCCUCGGCAACUGCAUCGACGCCCGCCCGAAGAACGGGACGCAGCAAGUGCCGUACCAGGACUCCAAGCUGACCCACAUCCUCAAGGACUCGCUGGGUGGCUCGGGCGACGUCCUUGUGAUUGGGACAGCGACGGCGGUGAAGCUGAACUAG